AGUAUUGAGAGAGUGAGUAAAUUCCAUAGAAGUGUUGUUAAACCUUUUUAUGGUAUCAGAGCACAAGAAAUAAUCUUCUGCACAUUUCUCCCUUCUACUCUCAAUGGCCUCCUUGACAAAUUCUACCUCCCUUACUAUUACUUCCAUUGCCCAAAUCUCUGCCAUGGUUACUGAAAAAUUGACUUCAAAGAACUACCUCUCAUGGCAAGAUCAGAUCCUUCCACUAAUUGAAGGAAUCUCCAUGGGGGAUCACGUUCUCUUUGACUCAAAAGCCCCUAAAGCUACAAGGUUGUCCUUAGAUGGCAAGGAAGAACAAAAUCCUCUAUUGGCAAUUUGGUUGCAAGAAGAUAGGCUAGUCAAGAGCUUGAUCGUUGCAACAUUAUCCCCAGCAGUUCGAAACUUUACGGCUGGACUCAAAUCUGCUAGGGAUGUAUGGAAGGUCUUGGAGGAGCGCUUUGCAAACUCCUCUAAAGAAAGGGCUCGAGAUCUCUUACGACAACUACGAGAGGUCAAAAGAGAUGAACAUCCUACACAUGAUGCAUAUCUACAAAAGAUAAAUAUGAUUAGCAAUGAGCUUGCAGCUAUUAAAGAGCCACUUGAUGAUGGUGAUAAAGUAUACUGGUCUUUAAAUGGUCUUGGUGAUAAAUAUGAUAGCUUUGUCACACCAAUGCAGAACUUGCUUUCCAAUGAGAGCAAGUAUUUAUUGCACAUCGCGGAAGAGGUCGAUACAACAAUCGUCCUCCUAGAGGCAGAGGUCAAUCAAGAGGAAUUUGAGUCUCCUCAUUCAACAACAAUCAAACCAGCAACAAGAACUCAAAUGCUUAACAACAAGGAUCAGGAAGACAUCCCAAAGGCACUUGCUGCAUUCUCAAUAAUAGAUUCACAAGAUCCAGAUUGGGUUCCUGAUAUUGGAGCCAUGUCUCAUCUCACCAAUGAUCCAAGUAAUCUUGUUAAUGUUAAACCAUAUCGAGGAACUGAUAAAAUCAUAGUUGGAGAUGGCCUCAUACAUUUCAACUCACAACAAUUCUCAAUUCCUUGCGAGCCCAAGACACUCAAAACUGCCUUGUCUCAUCCAGGUUGGUGCCAUGCAAUGAAAGAAGAGUUAAUAGCACUAUCUAAGAAUCAGACAUGGACUCUUGUUUCGCGCCACUCCUCCAUGAAUGUUAUUGGCUCUAAAUGGGUCUAUAAAACCAAGUUAAAAGCAGAUGGCAGCUUAGAAAGGUUGAAAGCAAGGCUUGUAGCUAAGGGAUUCAACCAACAAGCCGGCAUAGACUAUGAAGAAACCUUCAGUUUGGUUAUCAAGCCCCAAACAAUUCACAUUGUGCUCACUAUUGCACUUGCAAAAGGAUGGACCAUCAAGCAAUUAGAUGUCCAAAAUGCCUUUUUACAUGGCUACUUAAAGGAAUCGGUCUACAUUGAACAACCACCUGGAUUCAAAGACCCAACUCAUCUAGAUCAUGUAUGUCAACUCAACAGAGCACUUUAUGGUCUUAAACAAGUUCCUAGAGCUUGGUUUAAAUGAUUCAGCCACUUCUUACUUCAACUUGGUUUUCUAUGCAGCCAUUGUGAUUCAUCUUUAUUCAUUCUUCAUCAUGCUCAAGUAAUAAUCUAUUUUCUCCUAUAUGUGGAUGAUAUCAUUCUCACUAGUAGCAGCUUUGUUUUUCUUGAUGCUUUUAUCACAAAGUUAGGUACAGAAUUUUCAAUGAAAAUCUUUCAUACUU